AUACAGCAUCAUCAAACUUUUCAAUCGCCCUUUGCUUCCUCUUCCUGACUGCUAGAUUUACCUCGUGUUUCUCGUUGACCGACAAUGUCUUCAUAUCUAAUCACUGGAGCCUCGCGGGGCCUGGGUUGGGAGUUCGUCCGCCAGUUAUCGAGCGAUCCCAAAAAUACCGUCAUCGGACUCGUUCGCGACAAGCCUGCCACCGAGAAGAGAGUCACACAGGAGCUGGAAUCACGUCCCAACAUUCACAUCUUGCAGGCCGACAUCACAGAUUACAGUGCACUUCAAGCUGCUGUGGAGCAAACAGCUACUAUCACCGAUGGUGCUCUGGACUAUCUCAUUGCCAAUGCUGGCUACGUGUCCAAGUUCGACGCAUACGAUGCAAUUGGCGUUCUGGGUCAACAACCCGAAGCCCUGGAAGAGGACUUGUUGCGCGCCGUUAGAGUAAACGUCGCGGGAAAUAUCCAUCUGUUCAACCUUUUCCUACCUUUGAUCCUCAAGGGACAAGCCAAGAAGGUCGUUGCCAUUUCCACCGGCAUGGCCGACGCGGACUUCGUCGCCAAGUUCAAAAUUGAAGUCGGAUCGCUCUACUCCAUCAGCAAGGCGGCUCUGAACACGGCGGUGGCCAAGUUCAGCGCGCAGUAUGCUAAGGAUGGUGUGCUGUUUUUCAGUAUCUCGCCUGGCUUGGUGGACACCGGUAAUCUUGGAGGGGCUACGCCGGAGCAGAUGAGCGGCCUGGCCCGCAUGCUCGAGGGUUUCAAGGAAUAUGCCGCCCACUUCACUGGGCCCAUCACCCCAGAAGUCUCGGUCGAACAUGUGCUUUCCGUCAUCUACAAGGCAAGCGUUGAGAACGGAGAUGGUGGAUCUUUUGUUUCACAUUUUGGGAAUAAGCAGUGGCUCUGAGGGUUGACCUCAGUCAGUUUGGAUCACUUUCUGCUUCCAAGAGCCGCAAUCAAUUGGAACGAACAUCAUGGCUUCAUCAAGUGUCAUUAUUGAACAUCGCUAUGAACUCCAUUGUGAAUUAUCGCCUUGUGAGACAGCUCAUC